GGGGGCUGGCGGAGAGACGCGGGCGCCAUGUUUGAUGGUGGAGUCUAAGUGGGCAGAGACGGCAGAGACGCCCGCCACGCCUCCCGGCGCUCCAUUCCGCUCCUCUGCCGGACGGGGCGGGCAGGCCGAGGUGCCGACCGGGGCUGGGAGCGGCGAGAGAGCGGCGGGCGGGACAGGGCCCCGGUCGAGGCGCGCCUCCUCUCGCCGCUGUGGAAGGACGAGCGGGGUGGCGCUGAUCGAAGAGCGAUGAUGCACCAUGGCAGUGGUCCACAAAACAUACAGCGGCCACUGCAGAGAUCCAAGUCGUAUACUGGCGCCGAGGGAGAUGAACAGGCGGCAUUACCCCAUUCUCCUGCCGCGACGUUCGCUCCAACUCUCAGCCCUGUGCCGCACACUGUGGCCAGCCCGUCUGGGCCGCAGUCCCCGAGCUACCAGCUGCAGCAGCUGAUCAUGAACCGGAGCCCUGCAUCUGCCCAGAAUGUCAACAUCACGCUGCAGAGUGUUGGCCAGGUGAUGUCCGGGAAUCAGCAGAUCACGCUGGCCCCUCUCCCCAUUCAAAACCCAGCCUCCCCAGGUUUCCAGUACAGUUCUCAGGCUGUGGGGCAGCAGAGGAGGUUUGAGCAUGGGUCCCCUUCGUAUAUUCAAGUCACCUCUCCCUUGCCUCAAGUACAGCCACAGAGUCCCACUCAGCAUAGCCCUGCGUCAAUGUUACAGAGCGUGCAACGAACUGGGGCCACAGCCACGGGGCUGAGUUUGUGCAACCAGAGCCCCACCCGUGGAUAUGUGGACGCCAACGUGCUGGUCAGGCAGCUCAACCUCAGCCCGUCGAGCGGUGGCCACUUUGUAUACCAGGACCCCUCUGGCCUUGCUCAGAUCACCUCGAGCGUUGGUGGGCAGGUACAGCUGACGGCGGCCGCCUCCUCGAUCUCCUUAUCGCGGGAGCGUAGACUGUCACAGCCACACUCCCAGACCGGUGGGACCAUUCAUCACCUUGGCCCUCAGAGCCCAGUGGCCAGUGGAGCGAUGCAGCCCCUGCCCAGCGCCAGCCACAUCACCACGUCCAACCUCCCUCCACAGAUCAGCAGCAUCAUACAAGGACAGCUGAUCCAGCAGCAGCAGCAGGUUCUUCACGGCCAGCAGAUGGCCAGGCCUAUAAAUUAUGAACGGACACCCUUAUCCUUGACCACCGGAGUGGUGGGACCAUCAGGGUUUGGAAUGACAUCGCCGCCCCCUCCUUCCAGCCCCUCUCGGAAUGCUGCCGCUCAGGGCUUGGCAGCGGCAGGUCUGGCCUCCACUGCCAGUUGCAUCCCGGUCGUCAGGAGACAACCAAAGAAGCUGGAGGAAAUCCCAGCCGCCUCUCCGGAGAUCUCUCAGCUGAGAAAGCAGUGUUUGGAGAACCACCUUGAUCAAAUGGAGACUCUGAGGGAGACUUUUAAGGAUUACCUGGUUGAACUCUUCUUCCUUCAGCACUGUCAGGGAAAUAUGAUGGACUACUUGGCAUUCAGAAGGAAACCCUGUCUGGCCUUGUUGGCGUAUCUGAAGCAGAGUGAUUUGGACCUGGAAGAGGAGGAGGAGGAUGAACAAUCCGAGGUCAUUAAUGAUGAGGUAAAAGUGGUGACAGGAAAGGAUGGCCAGGCAGGGACGCCAGUUGCCAUAGCAACACAGCUCCCCCCUAAUGUUUCUGCUGCAUUUUCAACACAGCAGCAGCAACAGUUUCAGCAGACCCAUCAAGGUACCCCAGUGGCGGGCACAGCCAAUACCGUGGAGAUUGAAGCUUUCAAGAGGCAGCAGGCUUUGGCUCAAGCAGAUCAGAAUAAAAGGCCACGGAUAGAAGGUGGUCGGCAUGGAAUGGUUUUCCAGCACACAACUGUGACCACUUUAGGAUCUUCAACUAUUGUCCCCUUACAGCAGCUCAUGCCUACAGUGCAGGGUGGAAUGCCCCCCACUCCUCAGGCCAUACAGCUGACGGGCCAGAAGCAGAGCCAACAGCAGCAAUACGAUCUUUCCAAAGGGCCGCCAGUGCAGAACGCAGCCAGCCUGCACACACAUCCGCCCCAGCUGCCCGCUCGACCCACAUCCAUACCGCUGACCCCAAUCCCAGCUGCCAUCCAGUUGGCGCAACAGCACAUGGUGGAGACCCAGCUGCAGCUCCAGCCCCACGCCCAGCUCCAGCCUCAGCCCGUGCUCCAGGCCCAGGCACAGGCACAGAACCUCCUGCAGGCCAAGAGCCAGACGCAGCCCAUCUCUCUUGUCCAGACUCAGACCCAACUCCAGACGCAGCUGCAGCAACAGGUCCAAGCUCCCCUUCACCUCCCGAUGCAGAUUCAACCAGCACCACUUCACCUGGUACCAGAACACCUUCCACAACAGACAGUGACGUUGAUGCGAUCAGUGAGUGAGACUGGCCAGGUGUGCCAACGACUGAUUGCCAACUCGCUGCUCGCCCCAUCUGUGCCACAAAUGACCCUUACGAGCACCGUGCCCUCUGCCCCCGUGCCCCAGACAUUGACUACUCGACCAGCGUCGCCCGUUCUGCCAGCCAAGCCACAAGGGUUGGUCAGCCUCUCUGUCAUAACAUCGCCUAAAGCCCAGGUGGUGUUACCGACCCCAGCGGCUGCUGCUCAGGAAAGCACCACCAACGCACAAGACAAAGUCGUGGAACAAGUCAAGCAGGAAAACCAGAUACAUCAACGGAUUUCAGAACUUAGGAAAGAGGGAUUGUGGUCGAUGAGAAGACUGCCGCGACUUCAGGAGGCACAGCGGCCAAAGUCUCACUGGGAUUAUCUGCUGGAGGAGAUACAGUGGAUGGCGGCAGACUUUGCUCAAGAAAGGAGGUGGAAGAUGGGCAUUGCUAAAAAGCUUGCACGCACUGUUGUUCGCCAUCACGAGGAACAGAAGCUGAAUGAAGAGCGUGCGAGGAAAGAAGAACAUGCCAAACUACGAAGGAAAGCGGCUUUGGUUGCCAGGGAAGUGCUGCACUUCUGGCAGAAUAUUGAAAAGGUUGUGGAAGUCAAAUUGCAGCUUUACAUGGAGGGACAAAGAAAGAAAGCAUUACUGUUACGAAAGGGGUCAUCCAACAAAGAUCAAGUUUCUGACUCCUCAUGGCCCCUGUCAGAAAAGCAGAGUGAUACAGAUCCAUUGGGUAGUGAAAGCAGAAGGAGAUCUAGGGACGCUGGUGACACAGUGGAAGACUGUGAGGAAACCAUUGAAGAACAGGAGGCCACUGAAGGCACAGUUGACCAUCAAACUGAACUGGCAGACUUAGCCAGGCAAGCUGAAAUGCCUCUGGAAGACCUGAUGCGACAGUAUGCUGGUGCUUAUUCAGAGAACUUUGAUUGGCCAAUUCCAGAUUCAUCUAACAGUGAAGGUGAUGAUUGUGAGGAAGAUGAAGGAGAGAUGGAUGAGGAGCAGCCUGCUGAGUUUGGCAGUGCAGAGCAAGAGGUGGCUAUCGAUUCCUUGCUGAGCGUUGACCAGUACAGAGUGGCAGAGAGAGUGAAUAGCAACGGAGCUGAAGGCAGGAGAGCAAGGAAGGAUAUUGCUGAAGUGUCUGCUGCUGCUGAGCCGCUACUGCCCAAAGGCAUAGCUCGUUGUUCCUCCACGGUGAGGAAUCCUGCUCCUUUCCUGCUCCGCGGGACUCUCCGGGAAUACCAGCAGAUUGGCGUGGAUUGGCUCGCUGCUCUACACAGAAGAAAGUUAAAUGGGAUUUUGGCGGAUGACUCGCGCCUGGGCAAGACUGUACAGAUCAUUGGUUUCCUCGCCCACCUCGCCUCAAAUGAAGGUAUCUGGGGCCCACAUUUGGUGGUGAUGAGAACUUGUAAGAUGCUUAACUGGGAAAUGGAAUUCAAACGCUGGUGCCCAGGACUGAAGAUCAUGAUGUACUUUGGCACAAGGAAGCAACGCAGAAUCAAAAGGGAGUGUUGGGCGGAGAGCAACGCCUUCCAUGUGUGCAUCACCUCGUACAAGCUGCUGCUGAAGGACAUGGCUGCGUUCAGGAGGAAGAGAUGGAAGUACCUGAUACUGGACGAGGUGCAGCAGCUGCGCAACACCACCGAGCGGCACUGGGAGGCGCUGUUCAAUCUCAAGAGUCAGCAGCGCUUGCUUUUGAUCGGAACUCCGUUACAAAAUACUCCUAUGGAGCUGUGGACAAUGAUGCACUUCCUGAUGCCCGGAAUCUCCAGAUCGUACCUGGAUUUCCCAGUGAAAGUCGGCACAGAUGAAAAUCAAGACUACUGCCACAAAUUAGUGAUACGGAUGCAUAGGAUGAUUCAGCCAUUCAUCCUGCGGCGAUCAAAGAGAGAUGUGGAGAAGCAGCUGCCGAAGAAAUACGAGCACAUUCUGAAAUGCUGCUUGUCAAAGAGGCAGAAAAUCAUGUACGAGGAUGUCAUGUUCCACUCUGGCACGACGGAAGCUCUGCGGUCCCGCCAUUUUGUGAGCGUCCUCAACCUGCUGAUACACCUGCGUCGGAUAUGCAACCACCCCGACCUGAAGUGUCCUCGUGCUGUCCGCUCCGCUUACGUCUUCAAAGCACUGCACUACUCCGUUGCUUCACUGCUGUUGAAGACACUUGAAUACGAUCCGUGGAAAAAUGCAGACUUGUCUGCUUUCAAUCUAGCUGGAAUUGAAAAUAAAUUGUCUCGACACGAGACUGAGCGGGUGGUGCCCAAGCGGAAGGUGACCAGGAAACUCAUUGAGGAGAUCUACAACUCGCCGGAUCCUCCGCCUAGACUCAAGCCCGUGAAAGUGAAAGUCAGCAAGUUGUUUCAGCCGGUGCAGUACGGUCAGAAGCCAGAUGACCGGACGGUGAUGGUGGUGGGGACUCAGCCUCCACGAGCGGCCGGCUUGGUCUCAGCAGCCACUGUCCAGCAGGGACAGGUGCGAGGGAAAUCCUCAGCCGUGGCCGUCCCUGCUUCUCAGGUUAUGACCUCUGCGCAGGCAGCCUCCACGUUACAGACGGCCCCGACUUCUGCCAGUGCACCAGGACAGCAGCAGGCGGUCAGCACGACCACUCCAGCCCCGGUCAGCUCUGCCCAGCAGGGACAGGCCGCUCCCCAGGCCUUGCACUCUGGCCAGGCACAGCAACAGGUCACCUCCGUACAUACCGCCCCGGCAACCAAUGUACUGCAUCAGAGGCUGGUGCUCUCCUCCCAGGCCCAGGCACGGUUGCCUAGCGGAGAGGUGGUCAGCAUUGCCCAGCUUGCCUCCAUCGCGGGUGGGCAAGGUCGCGGCACCCAGACCAGUCAACCCGUCACCUUGCACUUCCAAGGCAACAAGUUCACCUUGUCCAGCAGUCAGCUGCGUCAGCUCACUGCGGGCCAACAUCUUCAGUUACAAGGUAAUGUUCUCCAGAUCGUGUCGGCACCGGGGCAACAGAUAAUGCGUCACCAGAAUCAGUCUCUGAUGCAGGCACCAUCGCAGGGCAGUGGCGUGCACAACACGUUGGGAAACCAGCAGGGAGUAGCAUCCACGUCCCUCCCCACACCUACUUCAACGCAAGCAUCUUUUCUCACGACCAGGACGGUUGGUAGCUCGAUAUCUGGUGAACACGGAGCGAUCCUCAGGCCAAUCUCCUCGCUGGGUUCUGCCGCACAGGAUUCUUUAGAAGAAAAGAAAAGGCUGACGAAGGAUCGUUUGGACAGAAUAUUUUCCAUAAAUGAGCGCCGUUGCUUGGUGGUGCCGGUGUACGGCACAGAGCUGCUGGGAGUGUGUUUUUUGAUUGGUGAAUAUAAACUAAGCAAGCCCAAACCGGCCGUAAACUCCUGGCUUUCCUCCGGCUACGUGAAUUGCUGCAAUUUCCAUCAGUCAGCCGGUGGCUUCCUUGAUGCUGAGACAUCGUGGAAAUACACUCGCGCGCUGUCACGGGCAAUCGUGUCGCGGGACCAGAGGCAAGACAGUAUGCAGGACCUUAUCAAAAGGUUCCACUGUGUUGUUCCACCUGUCGUGGCUCCUCCACCAACUCUGUACACCUUUAACCCGCCACCUGCGCACGCACACCGCACCCGGCUGUUCAAGUCCAAUCUGAAGAGGGAGCUGGCUCCGUACUUCCAGCAGCUACAGCGCAUCACAUCUACAGCAAUGCUGCAGUUAACUGACCCCAGGCUGGUACAGUUUGACUCAGGGAAAUUGGAAGCACUGGCUGUUCUGCUUCAUAAAUUAAAAUCGGAAAGGCGGAGAGUAUUGAUCUUUACACAGAUGGUUCAAAUGCUGGACAUCUUGGAGAGUUUCCUCGACCACCACAGACUUCCUUUUGUGAGAGUCGAUGGAAAUGUUCACCUUGCCCAACGACAGGCAUCGAUGAAGCUUUUCAACAACGACAAGCGCAUCUUCUGCGCCAUCCUGUCCACCCGGGGCGGAGCUGCGGGGGUUAAUCUGAUCGACGCCGACACUGUCAUUGUGUACGACAGUGACCUCAACCCCACGCUGGACUCGCAGGUUCAGGAAUGGUGCGACAGAAUCGGCAAAUGCAAAGAUAUCCACAUAUACAGACUGGUUAUCGGCAACUCCAUCGAGGAGAAGCUUCUCAAGAACGGAACUAAGAAUUUAAUUCGAGAUGUAGCUUCACACGGGAGCAACUAUUGCACGGCAUACUUGCAACAGCAGACCGUGCGGGACCUGUUUGAGAUCCCUGCCUUCCUGGGGGAGUCUGCCUUGAAGGCCAAGACAGAGGAGUUUGUCGUGCUGUCCCAGGUGCCGUCCUUGGCAAAUCAGAUCUCGCCCAAGGAGACAAAACCGUUCCUGGAGGCGCUCAAUAGCAUUGAGCAAGAAAGCGGUGAUGUCAGUAAAUCAGACUUGACGUCAAGGGCAGAGCUGACGGACGGCGUUGACAGAGUGACGGAGAGGCGGAGGAUAGCGAGCUACGAAGGGCCCAGGUACCUGGAUGGGUUGGCAGCACUCAUCGAACAGCUUACCCCAGUUGAAAGGUAUGCCAUGAAUUAUUUGGAGCUGACUCAAUCGUUUAUAUCACCAGUGGAGCAGAAACUACCUAAAGAUCGGGUGAAAGCUGCACAGCGAGUGUGGGAGUUUGGACAGAUACACACUCUGAAAGAGGAGAGGAAGAGGCAACUCGAAGAUGAGGAAAACGAUGUGUUGUUUACCUACAGCCGUGAAGAUGCAUACAAUAAGGAAUAUGUGAAAGAAGGUCAGGACGGCCAGACAGAAAUAAUGCCGAUUUGGACCCCACCAACACCACCCCAGGAUGACAAUGACAUCUACAUGGACCCGGUCAUGUGCCUGAUGUAUGACACCACACCAAUUCAGGAGUCCAAGCUGCCUCCAGUGUACGUCCGCAAAGAACACAAGCGGCUGAAGAUGGACCCGUCAGAAAGCGAGACAGAAGUAUUGACCUUUGUUGAUGCAGCUGCCGGGAAGAAGUUUAAGAAAGCUCGGCACGGGGAGCCGGUCACUCCACCCCGGUCACUGUUUGACCGCUCAACCACCUGCAUGCUCAAGAUGCGCCGGGAGGCCAAAGAUCAGAAGAAGAACAUGUUCAUCAAGCAGCAGGCUCCCUUUGCCAAACCCUUGCCCACGCUGGCCAAGAGCCCGGCUGACGGAGGGACCGACAGCCCCGAGUGGCUCAUCAGCGAGGAUUGGGCUCUACUACAGGCUGUGAAGCAGUUGCUGGAGUUGCCAUUAAACCUGGCCAUCAUCUCGCCGGCACAUACGCCCAACUGGGACCUUGUCAGCGAUGUUGUUAAUUCCUGCAGCCGCAUUUACCGCUCACCCAAACAGUGUCGCAACAGAUACGAGAACGUCAUCAUACCACGGGAAGAGGGAAAGUUAAUAUAUGAUGCCAACCCAAAGAAAAAAACAAAGAGCAUUUACAAGAACAAGAAUAGUCGGCCACUGCGAACCAGCCAGAUCUAUGCACAGGACGAGAGUGUGAUGCACACCCAACUCUUCACCAGCCACUUUGAGCUUGUCAAGCUAAUCGCUGGCAAACGCAGCCCACCGAUCAAACCCAUGCUUGGAAUGAAUCCCUUCCAGAAAAAUCCAAAACAUGCAUCCGUGUUAGCUGAAAGUGGCAUCAACUAUGACAAGCCUCUGCCUCCAAUCCAGGUUGCCUCACUCCGAGCUGAACGUAUAGCAAAAGAGAAGAAGGCAUUAGCGGAGCAGCAGAGGGCGCAACACCUGGCACAGCAGCAACAGCAGGCUCAGCAAACUACCCAGGCAGCUGUUCAGCAGCAACAGGGCUCACAGGCUCAGGCUGCAGUGGUUCAGCAGUCGCAAGCUGUAGUGCAGACUGCUGCAUCCACGGUCGCCAACACUGCAGCGCUGCAGGCUGGAGCUAUCAAAACAGCCCCCAGUACACCCAAUAUCCAGACGGCCACAGUCGGAGGCAGUACCAUUGUGAACACAGCAGCAGGGGGCCAGCAGAGUACCUUCCAGCCCAUAAACAAACGGCUCACCCAGCAGGUUAUCCCUGGGACCCUAACCCCGGCAGGUGGCGGCCCAACCCAGGGCGUGCAUGCACAGCAAAGGACGACAGCUGCAUCCGCUGCUACCACAGAGGUGGUGGCCAUCGGCAACAACCAGGGGGUUCGUGCCGCAAUGGCCCCAGUAACAGCCGCGGCAGUGGUGUCUACCAACCUGACCCCGGUGCAGAGCCAGACCAGGUCGCUGGUUACACAGGUCACCCCAGCUGCAGGCAUUGGGACCACUGGGAAACCCAUUCCUCAAGCACAGAUCCAGCUCUUCAGACAACCGCAGACUGCUCCCGUGCAGGUGCAACAGAUCCAGCCCCAGUCUCAGGCCACGGCUCAGCUGAAGGGGGUGCAGAAGCUGCCGGAUCAUUUACUAAAACUGAAGCAGAAGCAGCAACAGCAGCAGCAGUUGGCACAGGUGACACAAAGGAGUGGUGUCCUGACUGGUCCUGUAACCAAUCUCCCUGUAGCUCGCAUUGCCAGAGUGUCCACGUCACAGGUUCAAGCUCAAGGCCAGAUUCAGGCACAGCCUGCAGCCACUGCUCAAGUCACGCUGACCAAGCCGCCUGUCGUGUCCGUGCCCACGGCGGUCGUCUCCUCCGGUGUGACCACGCUCCCUGUCACCGUGGCGGGAAUCAGCAUGGCCAUCGGACAGCCGCAGAAAGGAUCCACAGGAGGGCAGACGGUGGUGAAGGCUGCCAUGCCGUCACACUUAUCACAAAUGCAAGUGCAGCAGUUUCUGAAGCUCAAGCAGCAGCAGCAGCAGCAGAAGGCCAGCCAGUCGCAGGGACAGGCAUCCGUGCAGGCUGCUGCAAUCACUGCGCAGCAGAAGAUAGCACAGCAAGUUACUGUGCAGUCACAGCAGCAGCAGCAGCAGCAGCCGGUGCAGCAGCAGCAGCAGCAACAACAGCAGAAGGUGACAUACAAUACCAACCAGCUUCAGUCUGGGAUAAAGCCGCAGUUCCUGAGUGCUCAGAGCCAGAAGCAGGGAGGACCACAGCAGAUGCAGGCACAGCUCCAGGUUACCAAACUUCCACAAAUGGUUCAGCAGCAAGCAACAGUGGGAAGUCUCCAGCAGAUGGUAUCCACUGCUCACCAGGCACAGACGCAGACGCUGACUCUGUCACAGGCGACCGCAGGCCAGUCCGUGCAGGUGAUCCCCGCGGCAGCAGCAGCGCAGGUCGUGCAGGUCGUGCAGCAGCAGCAGCAGCAGCAGGUGGGGGUGGCCUCACCACAGCUACAGUCCCCCACGCCGCAGAGCCCCGUCCAGACCACCGCUGCCUCGGACGGCCAGCAGGCCAAGGUACAAGUGCGGACCACUCCCGCCGUCAGGCUCAAAGCCCCCAUGAAAAGCAACUGAGCCAGCGCCUACCUACCUGCCUACCUACUUACCUGCCUACCUGCCUACUUGGUGCAACAACAUGCUAACUGCAUUGAGCUGGACUGCCCUUGAACAAACCACCACUGUUCACUCCAUUGUGUCAUAGUUAGUGUAUAGACAAAUCCAGCAUCUUCAAUGUUCUGUGAGUCAUUUGAUUAUAGAAUCUUGAUGUUAAUGUAACAUGCACAGCCCAAAUUCUGUAAAUCUUUUUAAAAAAUACGAUAAUUCUAAGGUUUAACCUUAGCUGUGUUGUACAUAUGAUUUCCUGUGGGCACAUUUUUAAUGUGCUCCUGUAUUUGUUAAAUUCAGAAGGUGGAUGUUUUGGCAUGUGUUCAGUAUUUGUUAAUCCAUGAUUUGGUUGGAUGAAUGUUAUGAACUUAACGGUAGUAUAUAUUUUUCUCACGGAUAUCGCGGACAUUGGACAGGAGCCUGCAGGAAUUGAACUUUGGAGUUAGUUCAACAUUCCUUAUCUAGUAAAAGACGUCGGUCUGUUAACAAACUUUUGAUACAAUGUUUUGUAUAUUCGUUACAUUUUUUCAUGACGCUUUCAUGUUUCAGUAUUUGUUUUACGGUGAUGAUGUUUAUUUUUAAUUCUCUAUGUAUGUGCACAUUAAAGAUGCAAUCUCUCCUGCAAAGUUACCCCCUCUAGUCCUUAGUGUACAUGUUGUACAGUAUUUGUUAUGGUUUUGCAUAGCACUGUGUUAUAACAUCCCCAAACCCCCUGUCCUUGGAAAUGAUGGUCUACCCAUUUGUGAUCACCUAAAAGAGAUUAAGAAUAAAAUUGUACAUAAACGUUUUCUUGAUCACCCAGUUGGCGUUGUUUUUUUUAAAUCUUCUUUUCAGCUGAGCCAGGUGAAAGGUUAUUGUUUCAAGAGCCGUGGUAUUUUUGUUACUGAGAGUAAAAUGGUGAGGGCUAAAUGGACAAUGUCUCACAGAGAACUCAAGACUACGGACACCAAAGAGAGCUCGCGCGAGAGAAAAAAUCUCCAGUCAUGCUGUUUAGAAUUACUGUUACACUGUCAAAUCAUUCCAUGUUGUUAGUUGUACUCAUAAACCACUUCUACCACAUUGUAAUAAAUGAAUACAUUUGUAAAUGCA